AUGGGCGACAGUAAUGGCAUCAAUGGCCAGGGGUUAACGGUCAUGAAUGGGGCUACUACUCCCAGCGGGCAUCCCACCAAUGGGGUACACACGAAUGGGGUACACACGAACGGGGUGCACACAAACGGCACAAAUGGUAUUUCGGCCCAUAGGGUCCAUGGCAGUGGUCAUGUUCCCAUCGCCAUCUGUGGUAUGGCCUGUCGUCUCCCAGGAGGAUUGACGACGCCCGACGAGCUUUGGGAUUUCCUCCUCGCAAAGAAAGAUGGUCGUUGUCGCGUUCCUGAAUCCCGCUACAACAUCGACUCAUAUUACUCGGAUACAAAAAAGCCAGGGACAGUCUCAACCGAGUAUGGAUAUUUCCUCGACGAGAGUGUCGACGUCGGGGCGUUGGAUACAUCCUUCUUCAGCAUGACGCGAACAGAGGUAGAGCGAGCUGACCCUCAGCAGAGGCUCAUGUUGGAGGUCGCACGCGAGGCCUUCGAAGAUGCCGGCGUGACGAAUUGGAGAGGCAAGACUAUAGGCACGUAUAUUGGUAAUUUCGGAGAAGACUGGCUGGAGAUGUUUGGGAAGGAGACUCAGCCAUGGGGGAUACAUCGUAUAUCCGGUUCGGGAGACUUUGUUGUCGCCAAUCGGCUCUCGUAUGAGUUUGACCUGCAAGGGCCAAGCAUGACGAUCCGCACGGCCUGUUCAUCCGCCCUGGUAGCUCUGAAUGAGGCCUGCACUGCCAUUAGCAGAGGUGACUGCGAAUCCGCCUUGGUGGGUGGUGUUAAUUUAAUUCUUGCACCAGGAAUGUCGAUGGCGAUGCAGGAGCAAGGAGUUUUAUCCAGUGACGGCUCGUGCAAGACCUUCUCGGCUGACGCCAAUGGGUAUGCCCGUGGAGAGGCGGUUACGGCGAUCUUCAUCAAGCCGUUGGCGGAUGCGUUGAGAGAUGGCAACCCAAUUCGUGCUGUCGUGAGAGCCACAUCCCACAAUGCAGACGGAAAGACCGCUACACUGUCACAGCCCAGCACGGACGCACAGGAAGCUCUGAUGAGGAGGGCAUAUGAACUCGGAGGUAUUACUGACUACGCGGAAACCGCCAUGGUUGAAUGCCACGGGACAGGUACGCCGACUGGGGACCCCAUCGAGGCCAGAGCUGUGGCCCGGGUCUUUGGGGACAAGGGCGUCUACAUAGGCUCGGUCAAGCCCAACCUUGGACACACAGAAGCUGCGUCCGGUCUUGUAUCUCUAUUGAAGAUGGUGAAAGCACUCGAGCAUCGCAUCAUCCCGCCAAACAUCAAAUUCACAAGCCCCAAUCCAAACAUUCCGUUCGCGGACAGUAAGCUCACAGUUCCUACCGAGCCACUGCCUUGGCCGAAGGACAGACUCGAACGUGUAAGUGUCAAUUCAUUUGGGAUUGGUGGCGCAAAUGCCCAUGUCAUCCUGGAAUCUGCUGCUACCUAUAACGUCCCGGCUGCUGCUCACGAAACCCCGGAGACACCACACCUUCUGUUGUUCACGGCCAACUCGCCAAAGUCAAUCACAAGGAUGAUUGACAACUACAAGGGAUGGGUGGAACAAAAUCCGGACAAGGUCAGCGACCUGGCCUACACGUUGGCAAGGAGAAGGGAGCACUUGCCCCAUCGAGCUUUUGCUAUUGUCACUAAUGGAGUGGUUGAAAGUGUUUCACAGUCUGUAAACUCCAAGUCUGCGAAACCGCCGAGCGUGGUUAUGGUCUUCACUGGUCAGGGCGCACAGUGGCCCCAGAUGGGACGGGAGCUGUUGCGGUCGAAUCAAGUAUUCAGGUCUAGCAUCCGCUCUCUCGAUCAGCACCUGCAGACCAUGACUGGGGAUAAGCCCGAGUACUCGAUCGAAGCAGAGCUCAAAAAGCCAGGCAAAAAGAGCCGACUGUCAUUGGCCGAGUUCUCCCAACCCCUUUGCACUGCUAUUCAGAUUGCACUGGUCGACACUCUCAAGUCCGCAGGAAUUCGUCCAGACGCAGUCGUGGGCCAUUCCAGUGGCGAAAUUGCUGCAGCAUACGCCGCAGGGGCUCUCACGGCUGCAGAGGCCAUCACCGCUGCCCACCACCGUGGAGCGGUGACAAGUAGACAGAAGAGAGAAGGGACAAUGGCAGCUAUCGGAAUGAGUUGGGCGGAGACAGAAAAGUACCUCGUCCCGAACGUCACGAUUGCCUGUGACAACUCACCCAAGAGCGUUACAAUCUCAGGCGACGUCGAGGCUGUCAAAUCUGUUGUUGCUGCUAUCAAAGAGGCACAGCCACAAACGCUGGCCAGACAGCUCCAGGUCGACAAAGCCUAUCAUUCAUUCCAUAUGAAAGAGAUCGGCGAGGAUUACCUAUCCUUGAUCGGCGAGGAAGUGGUCGGAAGACAACCAUCGGCGCUUUUCUUCUCCAGCGUGACCGGAAAUAUCUUGGGCCCCGAGGACAAAAUCCGUUCAAAAUACUGGCGGGACAAUUUGGAAUCGCCGGUCCGGUUCUGCGAGGCCGCCACGGCCAUUUUGAAACAUGACGUGGGAAAGAAUGCAGUCUUCCUUGAGGUCGGGCCUCAUGGUGCUCUCGCAGGUCCACUGAGACAAAUAUUCACUCACGCCUCUUCUCCAGCUCCCUAUGUCUCGGUCAUGGCGCGCAACCAGGAUUGCACCGCAACCUUUUUGUCUGCCAUUGGAGCCCUUCACUCACUUAACGUUAAUGUUAACCUUGAGGCCCUCUUUCCCACCGGUUCCUGUCUUUCGGACCUUCCCCGAUACCCAUGGAACCAUGAAGGGAGCUACUGGUACGAAUCUCGUAUCAGCAAGGAAUGGCGCAACCGCAAAUUCCAAUACCACGAUCUUCUUGGUGCUAGGGUGGCUGAGAGCAGUGACAGUGAGCCUGUCUGGCGUAACAUGUUCCAUGUUACAAACACGCCGUGGAUUCGUGACCACAAGGUCGGGGAGAACAUCGUCUUCCCGUUCUGUGGUUACAUUGCCCUGGCGGGUGAGGCCAUCAGACAAUUGACUAAUAUUGAAGAGGGAUUCAGCGUUCGAAAUAUCAUUGUCACCACGGCGCUGGUGCUCAACGAGGGAAAGCCGACAGAGAUGAUGGCCAGCUUCAGGCCGCACCGCCUGACGAACUCUUUGAAUAGUGCAUGGUGGGAGUUCACCGUCUCAGCUUACAACGGGCGCAAUUGGACGAAGCACUGUACAGGGGAGGUCUGCGCGCAAGCGUCGGCGCCGGGACAGGCCCCGGAUCCUGCAGCCCUUCCCCGGAAGCUCAAUGUCAGGAAAUGGUAUGAAAAGAUGGGCAAAGGUGGCCUCAACCUGGGAGGAUCAUUCCAGACACUCGAGACAAUGACGACCUCAACUUCAGAACAGAGGGCUGUUGGUAAUGUUGGCAAUGGAAGGCAGGGAGAUAAAGCCAACUACUACAUCCACCCCACCGCCCUUGAUGCGACCCUGCAGAUCCUGGGUGCCGCUGCAGUCAAGGGCUACGGACGCAAAACCAAAACCUGGCUCCCUACCAGCAUCGAUAGAGUCACCGUCUAUAGGUGCUCCUCGGAUAUGAUCACCAGCGUUUCUGCUAAGUUGUCGAGCAACUUUUCGGUCGUUGGAGACGGCGUUUGCACAUCUGGAGGCACGAGAGUCGUUGAAGCCGUUGGUAUUCGAAUGUCACUUGCGGAUGGUGCUGGUGCAACGGACGUUGCGGACACACACGCCGCGUCGAGGUGUGAGUGGAGACCCGAUAUUGACUUCCUAGAUGUCCAUGACCUCUUCCGCGCACCAGCAAGCCGAACAGACCACUUGCGUCUCCUGGAGGAGCUCGGGGACAUCUACUUGCUCUUGUCCCAAUCCCGUCUUUUAGAAUCGACAAGUAAUCCAAUUCUGCCCCAUCUGCAGAAGUACAUAGCUUGGAUCGGGUCUCAAUCCAGAUCAAUUCCUUUCAGAUUACCUUCGACCUGGACAGGCCUCGACAACGAGGCUAUUUCCGCUCGGAUUGACAAUAUAAUGAGUCAGCUAGCAAACACUACAGCAGCCCCAGUCGCCAGUGCCAUGCGUGAAGUCUGCCUACAGAUGGAUUCCCUCUUGUCCGGCGAAAUCCUAGAGAGUGUCUUCCCAGAGGGAGCUUUAACGCACGUCCAUGAAUUUGUUGGACAGCUGGACCGAAGGGAAUUCAUUCAAAAGUUGAGCCACUCCAAGCCCAACCUCCGAAUCCUAGAGAUUGGAACCGGAAACGGCGUGUCGUUGCACCGUGACAUCGUCGCCGAAUUGACACGCACCGACGGUGAGAUUCUCUGUGCCAAGUACACUUUGACUGCCCCAGGCUACGUGGUGGCUACAACGCAAGAGAAGCUAUUCCCAAAUAUGGAGUUCGCCAGCCUGGACAUCACUCAGGAUCCGUUCGAACAAGGAUUUGAGGACGCUGGGUACGAUCUAAUUAUAGCCGUCAACGCUCUUCACGAGACCAAAAAUGUCCAGGAAAGCUUGACCAACAUCAGGAAGCUCCUCCAUUCCGAUGGGAGAUUGCUUCUGCAAGAGCUCUGCCCGUCAUCCAGAUGGGUCCAGUAUCUGCUCGGUGUGCUUCCGACCUCCUGGUCGGGCUCUGCCGACGGGCCAAUCGAGGCGGCCUACCUGCGCCAAGACGAGUGGGAGUCGAAGCUUUCUGCUGCAGGCUUUGGCGAUAUCGAGGCUGUGGCUCUCGAUUCAGAAGAGCCUCACCAACUUACUGUCACUAGGGUUGUAAGGCAGGUCCGCGAGACGCCCAUAAAGAAGGUCACAGUUCUUUUCGAGGAGGAAGUGCCUGCUGUCACAAACAUCCUGAGCCAGCUCGAAAAAGGGGGCUAUCAGGUCACCAGGUGCAGAUUAGAAGAUGAUCCGCCGGCUGGACAAGAUGUGAUUUCGCUGUUAGAUAUUGAGAAGCCCUUUUUCCACGAGAUCGAUGAAGCACGCUACCUGUCAUUCAAGGCCUUCCUUCUCGGCCUUCAAGAACGCGACGCCGGCAUGCUCUGGGCGACUCAUCUCAUCGACAUAGGAUGCUGUGAUCCACGGUAUGCACAAGUUCUCGGUCUCGCCAGAACUAUCCGUACGGAGCAGCUGGCCGAUUUGGCGACUUGUCAGGUCGACAGUUUUGAGAACCUGAAGUCCAUCGACCAACUGCUCCAGGUGCUUUCCAAGUUCCAGGCUCGCCAAGAUGACCCUAAUGAGGAACUCAACCCCGACUACGAAUGGGCCAUCUUCAAUGACCGGGUUCAAGUCGCACGCUUCCACCCAUUCAUCCUGGCCGAUGAGCUCUUGGCUUCAGAAGAGUCGAGCGAGAUAGCCACACUGAACGUUCGUACGCCAGGGCGGGUCAACAGUCUACACUAUGCGCGCCAAGAACGAAAGGAUCUCGAAAAGGACGAAGUGGAGGUCGAAGAUAUUCUGGUUGCACUGGGCAUUGUUGAACUGCCGGUCCGUCUCUUCGGAAUCGAAGCUGCGGGCAUCGUCACGCGUGUGGGAGCAGAUGUCAGCCCCGACGACCUUCAGGUUGGCGAUCGGGUCGUUUGCUUUUGCAGAAAAGACGCCUUUUCGACAUAUACGACGACGUUGGCUGCUGUCUGCGUGCGUAUCCCUGACAGCCUAACCUUCGAUCAAGCUGGAACGAUGCUUAUCCCAUAUUUCACCGCGAUUCACUCCAUGGUCAACGUCGGACGCGUCACAAAAGGCCAGUCCGUCUUAAUCCACAGCGCGUGUGGUGGAGUGGGCCUGGCAGCUAUCCAGGUGGCCCAAAUGCUGGAGGCCGAAGUGUAUGUCACGGUUGGCAGCGACGAAAAGGUCAAGUACUUGAUGGAGAACUACAACAUCCCGCGAAGCAGGAUCUUCCAGUCUCGCGACAGGUCAUUUGUGGAUGGUGUCAUGCGAGAAACGGACGGCCGUGGCAUGGACUUCAUCCUCAACUCCCUCUCCGGCGAGCUCUUGCACGCCACCUGGAGCUGCGUGGCUGAGUUUGGUACUCUACUCGAGAUCGGAAAACGAGAUCUGAUCGGGGAUGGCAAGCUCGACAUGAAGCCAUUCCUGGCAAACCGCAAUUAUUGCUGUGUCGAUAUUGAUGGACUCUGGAAGAGAAUCCAUGUCGCCAGAGCCUUGAUUUUCUCCAUCUUGGAUUUCUACAGCAAAGGCUAUAUAUCCCCGCUACCCACGACAAUCUUUCCCGCAACCCAGACUCAAGAUGCAUUCCGAUUUAUGGAGAAGGGACAACACAUCGGCCGUGUUGGGGUUUCGUUCAAGGCAGCCCAAGGGGAAACCCAGCUUGGAUUGGAAACCACCAAGAGAGCUAUGACGAUUUCAUUCAACGGGUCGGGCUCUUACCUCAUGGUUGGUGGCCUUGGCGGUAUUGGUCGUGCUGUAUCUACCUGGAUGGUCGAUCACGGUGCCCGUGAGCUCGUCUACAUGUCCCGUAGCGCGGGCCUCACGCCCAAAGAUGAUGAUUUUGUGGCUGAGCUCCAGAGCAUGGGCUGUGCCGUCAAGCUUGUGAGCGGAGAUACCACGAAAUUGGAGGAUGUCAAGAAGGCCAUUGGUGCAGCGACCUAUCCCCUCAAAGGUAUUGUACAGAUGUCAAUGGUCGUCGCCAACGAGAACUUUACUAGGAUGACCUUCGACGACUGGAUGGCGUCGACGGCACCCAAAGUUCAGGGAACCUGGAACCUCCACAAUGCCUCUAUGGAGUCGGGGAUCGAUCUUGAUUUCUUUGUGAUGUUCAGCUCGGUCUCAGGUAUCGUUGGACAAGCUGGUCAAGCCAAUUACGCCAGUGGAAACAGCUUCCUAGACGCGUUUGCCCAAUACCGUAACGGGCUGGGCCUGGCGGCCUCUGUAGUUGAUAUGGGAGCUGUCGAGGACGUUGGAUGGAUUUCAGAGCACCAAGGAAUGAUGGGGAAAAUGUCCAGGAGUGGUUUCAAGCCUGUACUGGAGCAGGAAGUUAUUGACGCAAUGUCAGUAUCCAUGUUGGUCCAUAACAACCCAGGUCAAGCUGUCGAGGAAGCUCUUGCCGUCGAGUCAAAGAACACGUCUUAUUUCGUACACAAAAAUACCUUCCUCGUCGGGCUUGCUUUACUUAUUCCAUUGCACGAUCCCAGUAACUACGUGAUCUGGAAGAAAGAUCGUCGCAUGGCCUCCUAUCAUAACAAUUCUGCGGUUGCCAUAACCGCAGCCUCGACAGAUAUUCUGAGAUCAUAUCUUAACAAUGCGAAAGCGGAUCCGUCUAUUCUCAAGUCGCCAGAAGCAUCGAAGCUCUUUGCAGUCGAGAUCGGCAAGAGACUCUUCGAUCUGUUGCUGAAACCGAAUGAGGAGCCCAAUACAAGCUGGCCACUGCUCGAUCUCGGCCUUGACUCGUUGGUGGCUCUCGAAUUGCGCGCUUGGAUCAAGCAGGUCUUCGCUUUUGAUCUUCCCAUGCUCGAGAUGAUGAGUAUUGGCUCUCUGGAUAUUCUUGGUCAAUAUGCAGCAAAUGAGGUUUAUAGAAUCGCGACCGAAAACGAGAGCUAA